AGAGCAACAGCGGCGGGCGUGGUGGUGGUGUUGUUAUUGUACGUGGUUUAAGUGUGGUGGUGUACGUGGUGUAAGUGUGUGGUUGGUGGUGUAAGUGUGUGGUGGGUGGUGUGGUGUGGUGUGUGUAGUUUGUGGUGCGUGUACGUGGUGUGUGUGUGUGUGGUGCGUGUGGUCUGCAUCUUCCGGAAGGGAGAGGUGGAGGGGGUUAAAAAAAACGAGCACGCAUUUGGGGUGCUCGUAUCCGAGCUGGGAAAUGUGAAAAUCGACAGUCACAACCCACCAUCACCAGCAGCAGCAUCAUCAUCAGUCCGGCAUCUCCGACCAUGCAUCUACUCCCGUUUGUCUGCCUCGGCGGGGCUUCCCGCUCGUUUCCCGUCGUCACCUCGAGGUGUUUUAGUUGUUUUUUAUAGAACAGAAGCGAGCGAGUGAGUGAGGGAAGAGAAUAAGAAGAACGAGAAGAAUAAGAAGGGAGAGAAAGCGACGAAGAGACGAUGCCCAGGUGUAAGAAGCGCUCCGGCACUAAAGGUGGCGGCGGCGGCGCUCGCUAUGGCGUGGAGUCGGUCUGCAGCGAGGACGACUGCGCGAGUGAGGCCCGGAGCCACUGCAGCAGCGCCAGCGAAGUCACCAACGCCACUGAGGAUGUGGGUGGUGAGACAACGGACGAACAUGCUAACCAGGAGGACGUUGAAGACAAAUUGAAAGACUUCAUAGAAAGCACCCUGGAUAAGAGCGUGAAGAUCCGCCUGGCUGCGCUGGAAGGCCUGCGCUCUGCCCUGUCGAGGAAGAACCUCUACGACUUUCUCACGGAGCGGAGGGUGACGCUCACCGACUCGUUGGAGCGAUGCCUGAAAAAAGGGAAGGGCGAGGAGCAGGCGCUGGCGGCGGUGGUGGCCACGCUGCUCGUGGUGCAGCUGGGGGCCAACAGCGAGGGGGAGGAGUGCUUCCGCACCCUGCAGCCCGUGCUCACCAGCAUCCUCGUCAACGCGUCGGCGAGCGCGCACAGCAGGCAGAGCUGUGCUACAGCUCUGGCCAUGUGCUGCUACAUUUCGGAUGGAAUGGAGGAGCUGGUGGCCACCAUGAAGUGCCUGGAGGCGGUGUUCUCGGCGGCGUACCCUAGCGCGGGCUCGCCGGCGCCGGCCCCCAGCCCCGCGCUGCAGGCGCUGCGCUGCGCCGCGCUGCUCGGCUGGGCGCUGCUGCUCACCAUCUGCCCGGCCUCCCGCGACAUCAUCGCCAGUCACUUGCCCAAGCUGCCGGCCCUGCUGUCGAGCGACAACGUGAACAUGCGCAUCGCCGCCGGGGAGGCCAUCGCCCUGCUGUUCGAGCUGGCGCACGAGGCGGACGCGGACUUCCAGUACGUGGGGGUGGAGGAGCUGUGCGACAAACUCAAGGACCUGGCCACCGACGGCAACAAAUCCCGCGCCAAGACCGACCGCCGCAAGCAGCGCGCCAUCUUCCGCGACGUCCUCAAAGCCGUCGAGGAGGGCGAGGCGCCGUCGGAGACGAUACGCUUCGGGCCGGAGUGCAUCUACGUGGACAGCUGGCUGAGGAAGCGCACGUACGACGCGUUCAAGGACGCGCUGGGCUCGGGGGUCCGGCUGCACCUCCAGGAGAAUGAACUGCUGCGGGACAUCUUUGAGCUGGGACCUCCUCUGCUGCUGGACCCGUCGAUGUUGAAGACCACGAAAAUCUCUCGCUUCGAGCGCCACAUGUUCAACUCCGCGACGUUCAAGGCGCGCACGAAGGCGCGCAGCAAGAUGCGGGACAAGCGAGCGGACGUCGUCUGAGAAGGCGCGGGAGGUGUUUUUUUAUUUUAUACAAAUAAAAAAAACCUUCACCUGCACUGCACCGCUGCCACGGCCGCGUGGACGUGACGGCGACACGUUUUUGCAUGCGCAGGGGCUUUGGGCUCUCCCACUCGCUGUCUUUUGGUCUCGCGGUUCAAACAAAAUAGAAAAAAGUCAUCGCAAGCAAGUGCACUCGAUUGGGUUCCACACUUGGCGUUUUUUUUGACGGCCAAUUAGACACGACGCGUGUUCCAUUUCAAGUCGCUGUACAGUGCGUUUUGCCCGCCUUUCCCCCCCCUGCCGCCGCCACUUCAAGAUGUUCUCAUUGUUUAACGGUGUCGACAAGCAGCUGUGUGAUCUUUAUAAAUUAUUAUCGCUCGGACCAGCCAGUGUUAUACUGCGUUGAAGGUUCCUCGCAGCGUUCGGGUCGAUGGCUUGAACCGCCGCGAACGACGGGGGCCCCCCCCCCCCCACCUUGUCAGCUGUUGAAAUGAUGCUGUCGUGAACAAGGCACGGGCGGGGGACCACGUGCUCCUCUGGGGGCAACGUCGUUGGCACCUUGUUUGUUGGCUUGGGGGGGGGAGGAGAUGCUGCCCCGUGAUGCUGCUCGAGCAUAAAGGGACGACAUUUGGGAAUCGUCGACAGUGUGCCGUACGUUUGCGUUGCGUCCGCCGGAUUCUGAUAAAUGCGGGCAUUGUGAUGAAUGCAGUAAAAUCCCGUUAUAACGACUCCCAAUGAAAAUAAUUUCGGUGAAGGCAAAUGUUCUUUUGGGUACCUUGCGUAAUUUUCGCACUGUAACAACUUUGUUUUUGUGUUGUAAUAACAACAAUAACAACCUACCCAUUGCAUAUGUGUGUUGUCAUCGCCAAGUGCUCACUCGGUGGGUUUUUUCCGUCCAGCAGGGCUACAGAAUAACCGUUGUGUAAACACCCGACUAUUUGGGGUCGUUAAACAUCAUGUGUUCAUGACAGUUUGCCUUUCACUCAGUUGUUUCAUUGUGUAAAAACAAAAAAUUGCAGAUAAAAGUAGAUUUUCUACCUACCUUUCCAGCCAUAUCUGUCGUCAUAACACGAUUUUACUUGAACAUUAGAUUUAAGAAGCUUUUUAGGGUUUAGUUGCUACCCGGUUUAUUGAUUAUUUUCUGAGCAACACCAAAAAUAAAUUCCCCUCUUUAAACAAUGUAAGUUCUUUUAGCGAUCAUGUGAUUCUAACCUAAUGUUGAUGGGGCCUUUAUGAGAAUGGUGCUCUGCACACGACAAUGCUUUUGCAACAAUGUGCUGCUUACUAUCUCACAGAAACACGAUGAUCGUGAGUGUUAAAAACACGGGAGAAACUUUUAAAAUGCAAUUAUGAACCGUGGAAUUCGAUCACCUCGCAAGGGGUGAUUCUAGUCUCUUCGAUUCGCCUCCAAGAUGUUCGUUUUCUAAUCGUUCAGUCAACGUGGGACACUUUCAAUGCACAUUGUUGCCGCUGAGGGAACGACCGAAAACAUGCCUGCUUUUUUUAUGUAAGGAUGUUUGCUUCCAUCACUUGACGUAAUUUUUACAUGCUGUAAAGGAGUGACAUUAAGCUACGUUGAGUGUAAUUACAUUUAAAAACCGAAAGCGUGAAUAUUCUAAUGAUAAGAGAACAGGUUAUGUUUUUGAAAAUAAUAUUUAUUAUAUCAGAUCAAUAAAAUUGUUCCAUUGUUACCGCAUCUUUGUGUUGGAAACGUUUUACCAUAAGCUCCGGCGCAGAGCAAAAUAAACGUAGCUUUUAGAUUCAAAUCGA